AGCAGCGCGAGCGACCGAGCGGGCGGCGGGGAGCGCGGGGCGAGCGGCGGCCCUGCCUCGGCGCGCGGAGGGCGGCAGCGGUGCGGCGCGGAGCCAUGGUGAUCAUGUCCGAGCUGAGCGCGGCCCCCGCCGGCCCCGGCCAGGGCCAGCAGAAGCCCCUCCGCGUGGGCUUCUACGACGUGGAGCGGACGCUGGGCAAGGGCAACUUCGCGGUGGUGAAGCUGGCCCGCCAUCGAGUCACCAAGACCCAGGUUGCAAUAAAAAUAAUUGAUAAGACCCGAUUAGAUUCGAGCAACCUGGAGAAAAUCUACCGUGAGGUUCAGAUCAUGAAGCUUUUGAAUCACCCUCACAUCAUAAAGCUGUACCAGGUUAUGGAAACAAAGGAUAUGCUUUAUAUCGUCACCGAGUUCGCAAAGAAUGGAGAAAUGUUCGAUUAUUUGACUUCCAACGGGCACCUCAGCGAGAACGAAGCGCGUAAGAAGUUCUGGCAGAUUCUGUCGGCGGUGGAGUACUGCCACAGCCACCACAUCGUGCACCGGGACCUCAAGACGGAGAACCUGCUGCUGGACGGCAGCAUGGACAUCAAGCUGGCAGAUUUCGGGUUCGGGAAUUUCUACAAGUCAGGAGAGCCCCUGUCCACGUGGUGUGGGAGUCCCCCAUAUGCGGCCCCAGAGGUCUUCGAGGGGAAGGAGUACGAAGGCCCCCAGCUGGACAUCUGGAGCCUGGGUGUCGUGCUCUACGUCCUGGUCUGCGGCUCGCUCCCCUUCGACGGGCCCAACCUGCCAGCUCUGCGCCAGCGGGUGCUGGAGGGCCGCUUCCGCAUCCCCUUCUUCAUGUCUCAAGACUGUGAGACCCUGAUCCGCCGCAUGCUGGUGGUGGACCCCGCCAAGCGCAUCACCAUCGCCCAGAUCCGCCAGCACCGUUGGAUGCAGGCCGAGCCCUCCGUGCCGCGGCCCCCCUGCCCGGCCUUCCCCACGCUCGGCUAUGCCUCCAGCCUGGGCCGCUACGACGAGCAGGUGCUGGGCGUGAUGCACAGCCUCGGCAUCGACCGGCAGCGCACCGUGGAGUCCCUGCAGAACAGCAGCUACAAUCACUUUGCUGCCAUUUAUUACCUCCUUCUGGAGCGGCUGAAGGACCACCGGCCCACCCCGCCAGCGGCCCGGCCCAGCCCGGCCCGGCCCAGCCCCGCCCGGCCGCAAAGGCCCAGGAGCUCGGACCUCAGCAGCUGUGAGGUGCUUCAGGAAGGCCUCUCCGGUGACUCUUUCCAAUCCUCCCUGCUGUGCCCACAGCCCCAGGCCUUGGGGCACUCUGUCCUGCAGGCCGACAAGGACUGUGACCCCCUCAGCUCCCUCCAGCCCUUGCUUUUCCCCCUGGACGCCAACUGCAACGGAGUGUUCCGGCAUCGCUCCGUCUCCCCCAGCGGCCUGCUGGACGUGCCCGUCGGAGAGGAAGUCAGGCAGGGCCCGGGCCUGGAGGAGGAGCGGGAGGCCCAGAAGCCCCUGUCCGGCGGCACGGGCCGCAGGCACACGCUGGCCGAGGUCUCCACCUGCUUCUCCCCGUGCGCCCCUCCGUGUAUAGUCAUCUCUUCCUCUGCUGCGAGCCCGUCGGAAGGCGCCAGCUCCGACAGCUGCCUGACCUCAGCGGGCGACGGCCCGGCGGGGCUCGGUGGACGCCUGGCCGCUCAGGGGCUGGUGGGCACCUGCUCCCCUCUCAGACUGGCCUCCCCGCUCCUGGGGGCCCAGUCAGCCACCCCAGUGCUACAGGCUCAGGGGGCCCCAGGAGGGGUCACGCUGCUCCCCAUCAGCUUCCAGGAAGGCCGGAGGGCGUCAGACACCUCGCUUACUCAAGGGUUGAAAGCCUUCCGACAGCAGCUGAGGAAGAACUCGAGGACCAAAGGGCUUCUGGGCCUGAACAAGAUCAAGGGGCUGGCUCGCCAGGUGUGCCUGCCCUCCUGCUCCAGCCGUGCCUCCAGGGGUGGCCUGAGCGCCUUCCAGCUGCCUGCACAGAGCCCGGGCCUGCACGGCAGCGGGGCCAGCAGCCGGGAGGGCCGGAGCCUGCUGGAAGAGGUCCUGCACCAGCAGAGGUUGCUCCAGCUGCAGCACCACCUGGCGGGCCCGCCCAGCUGCCCGCCGGCCCCCCAGCUGCCCCCGGCCCCGCUGGUCCUCGCCCCGUGCGACGGCGCCCUCCUGGUGUCGGGACUCCAGAAAGAGCUGGGGCUGGGGCCCGGCCCGCUGCUGCCGGCCCACCUCCUGCAAGCCGGGGGCUCCCCGGUGGCCUCGGCGGCCCGGCUCCUGGACACCCACCUGCACAUCAGCCGCGCCCCAGCCCCCCAUCCCACUGCCACGCUGCCCCCUGGCUUUGUGGCUACGGGGCUGCCGCAGGCGGACUGCGAGAUGGAGGACCUGACCUCGGGCCCGCGGGGCACGUUCGUGCUGGUGCAGUGAGGGCCCCGCGUUCGCUCGGGCCGCCGGCCCUCGAAGCAAUAAUUUCGGAGUAUGGGAGGACGGUGCCGGACCCGGAGCCAAUACGUUUCUAGAAGCGAAACAAGCAAUACGUUCGGUGUUUGGGCUUUUUUGUUGGUUUUUUUGUGUUAUUUUUUCCUUUGCACUGAGCAAAUGUAACUCUGAGUAGGGCCUGGAAACUUUCUGAAGAAAAAUAAUAACCGAGGGGCGUGUUGGGGUGGGCAGACGGGAAGGGGACCGCGGGUGGCGGGGCGCGAGGCGACCGGGCUGGGCCGGACGGGCCGGGGCCGCUGUGGGCGGCCAGGGGCGGCGGGAGGGGCGGCGAGGGUGGCGGGGGCCGCGGAGGGAGCCGUGCGUGCGUGUGUGCCUGUGCGUGUUUAGUACCUUUUGUUUUAGUUAACGAUUCUCCGCUUCCCGACACAUUUACACUUCAGAGCGAGAACUGUGAACGUCUGCGCUAGGCAUCCGUUUCCACAAAGCUCUGUUGGCCGGCCCAGGAGAAAGUACUCGACCAAUUCCUGGAACUCCCUACCCUGAAAUCAGAGCCCCGAGGACGGUUUGUUCCCGAUUUCAGAUGAGAACUUUUAUCAACUGCUUGAGUGUCGGGUUUCCAGGAUUCUUCAGAGGACCCCCAGGAAGAGCCUGGAAGGGGGUGGGUGACUGGGAGGCUGGGGAUCCCGCCUGGGGCCCAUGGCCUCGAACCCCCCGUGUGCCUUGGAGGGGCCCGGAGAGGUUUCUUCCUGCUGCCCGUCUUAUUUCCGCUGCUAGUUAAGUUUUUAUGCAUUUCAUUAUCAGGGUCCAAAAAGAACAACCGACCGGGGAUGGAGCGUGCAAUAUGGCAGGGGUGUCCUGGCGGGCACGGGGUCCCGGUUGGCUGCCCCGCCUGCCCAUGGCCGUCUGGCGAUCUGGGGUCCCCAGCCUUCCGCAGGCCCCACGCUGGGUGGGCUCCCGUUCAAGAGCGUGGCGUGAGAGGUCGGAUCUGUGUUGUUCGAGCUUCGUCCCUUUUUUAGAGCAGACGUUGUACAUGUGUAUAAAUAGGAAACAGACAGACACUACUUAUUUUUUAUAUUUUUUACUACACCUUUGUGUUCCCGGUUUAAAUCCUCCUCUCCGGUAACGUUACAAAGCGCGAGCCCCGGUCUGCGUGGAGGAGGGAGACAAGGUGUGUCCUCCCUGCAGGUGAACCCGGGCGGCGGCUCCGUCCCACAGCCGCCGCCGCCUCACCCCUGCACCCGUCCGCCCCUGAUCCUUUCCCGACCCAGGUGCCUUCAGCUCACUUUGGCUCUUACGACCUACAGUAUUAACAGGGGAAAGGUGGGCAUUUGUAGAAGCCAAAGACUGCCCGGGCUCCCGGCGGGCAGGAGGCCGCGGGCCGUGCACCCGGCUCCGUGUGUCUGCCCCGCUUCCUGCUGCCGGUCCCCCUGCACCCCACCACCACCUCUGCUACUGGCCUGUGGCUGUCGCCGGCCUCGGGGAAGGGACUGUUUUCGUGCCUGGCCGCUGAGAAAUCACCAAAGCCUCCUGCUGCUCGCAGACGGGGGCUGGGGGCAGGAAGGUGUCGGCGCAGCCCGGGCCCAGGCCUCCAGGGUCCACAGAGGCCGUUCGGCUGACUCCCCCUCGUUCCACUCCUCGCCGUUCUAACGCCACAGAUCAAAGGCCUCAGAACCGUGACAAGCACUUUACUUCCUCGGAAAUUUCCUUUCUUGCUGUGAGUCGUGUGUCCCUGCGUCUUGUGUGUAGGCGUGUGCGACGUGUGCUCCAUAGUUCCCCACACGCGUGGGGCAGGCUGGGCGCCGGUUCUAGGCACUACGUGAUCUGAGAUGUACAUAGUCUGUUUUUUUACUGUAACUGGUUUAAUUAUUUUAUUUCUUAUGUUAACAUGAGAAAUGUAUGCCAAAUGAUUAGCGGGUGUAUGUUUUUUAAUUUAAUAUUUAAAUAAAAUAUUUGGGCGAAAACCCU